AGUGAUACAAGGUAUGCAUGUAGAGAAGCGACAUCAGCGCUGCCUGGAUUUUCUGCGCCGAGUUAAAAUUUGCAUCAAGUUCACAAGAGUGGAGCUUGGAGGGCCUGUUAGUCACUGUAUGUACAUAAUACUGAUACAAUAUACAAUGUGCAAAAUAAAUUUGUGAUGUUCAAACGAAAGUUUUUAUUUAAUUAUAUACUAUAAUGUAUGUCAAUGUUAUGUACACUUUGUUAUGUUUUUAAUGUAGUUAUAUUAUCUUUAUAUGCUACUGUAAACUAUGUACUACCGAAAAAAAUAUUAAAUUUAACCUUAUUUUAUCUUUUUGUAGUAAGUAUUUAAAAACACUUCUAUUUAUUUAAUAUUGUGAAUGUUGUAUAUCGUUGAAUAUUAAGUGAUGAAAACAGAGCAGUUAGGAAGUUCAUCUGAGGAUGAUGAUGUGUAUUUGAAUGCUGUAGCAGUAUUAAAAGCUCUGAAGAAGAAGCAAACAUUACCACAUGGCAGUCAAGAGACUGAGGAAAAAGUAGAAAAGAAACCAGAAGAAUUGAAGAUUCAAAUACCAGAAAAAAAUGUAAAAGAACAAAGGCCAAAGAGGAAAACAAGGGGUAGAAGAAAAACUGCUGGUACUAGCUCAUCAAGGCAGAAACAAGGAACUUCAGCAGAUCAAGAUUCAGAUUUGGAAAUUGUUUCUGUAGAAGAAACAUCAAAACCAACGGCAGCAGCUGAUGAAAAUGAUAUAUUAAUAGUAGAAAAUUGUGUAGAUGAAACUUCAAAUCCUGCUGGGGAUGAGAACUAUGAUCUGUCUGUAAAAAUUCUCUGGCGAUCAAGAAACGUGCAUCGCCUGAACAUUCGUAAAAAUGAAAACUUCCAUAAAAUAUUCGAGUAUUUUGCUGAUUUAGAGAAGGUAUCAAUAGAUGAGAUUUUAAUAACAAAGAAGGAUAAAAUUAUUAAAAAGAGUGAUACUCCGGCUUCUAUUAAUUUAUCUGUGAUAGACAUACUUGAAGGAGGUAUUGUCAAGAAAGACAGUACUACACCUCAAAAUAAUGAAGAGAAUGAUGAAAACACUUGCGUUAUAAAAGUACAAACAACAACAAAGAAAACCAUAACCGUAUCCGUUAAACGAGAUGAAAAUUUCCAAGUUCUUUCUGUAAAAUGUGCUCAAGCUUUAGACGUCGAGGAAUCAAAAAUUAAAUUAUAUUUUGAUGGAGAAUUAAUUACAUUAACAGAUACUCCCGAUUCACUAGAAAUAGAAGAUGAAGCAUGUUUCGAUCUCAAAUUAGCUUCGUAGGUAAUUAAUUUUUCUAUAUUUAUGAAGAAAAUAAUCUACUUCUACUAAGUCAUUAUAAUUAUUUGAGAUAACAACUUAAAUAAUAAAAAAUAUAUUAAAGUAAUAUAUCUGAUAAAAAACA